AUGAGGUCCAGCACAGCUCUUUGCAACCGGCAACAAGUUUGCCGAUAUGGCCCCAGACUCUUCAUUAGACUCUUGAGCCACACAAAACGGAACUUGAUCCCCACAGAUCUUGAAAAUGAAAAAAUAAUUACAAAGAUUUUCGAUUCUCCGGAAUAUUGGAGAAGUUUCAACAGACCUGAUGACUCCAGAAAUUCUAAUCCCUUUCAAUCGACAAGGAAAAUCCUGAGCUCUCUGCAAUCUAAUAGUAGUAAUUCGGUGGGGUUAUUUGCAAAUCCGUAUUUAACUAGUCCUAAUGGUUUAAAAGAAUUUGCCAAUGAAACCUUAGAAAAGGCCAGAGCUUUAACUAGGCAUAUGAUUGAGGACCAAUCUUUUAGUGCAAUGAAAGAUUAUAUUAAAGAACUUGACAGGCUAUCUGAUAUGUUGUGUCGUGUGAUUGACCUUUGUGAAUUCGUGCGGGUCGCCCAUCCUAAUUCUUCGUUCGUCAAGGCCGCAGAAGAAUGUCACUACGCAUUGUUUGAGCAUAUGAAUGUCUUAAACACUUCUAAACCACUGUUUGAAAAACUAGGGAAGGUUCUCUAUGAUGACCAGCUUGGUAUCAACAAACAGUUAUCGAAAGAGGAAAUAUCAGUUGGUAAGUUGUUGUAUGCCGAUUUUAAAAAAUCAGGCAUCGAUAUGGAUGAGCAAACGGGUGAAACAUUUGUCCAGUUAUCUUCUUAUAUCGCUAACGCAGGGCAGGAGUUCAAUAAUAACAUCACUAUCCCUAAGGAUACAUCGGUUCGGAUACUGCCGUCGGAAUGGAAGAAGGAAGACAUUAAACCAGAAUAUCUAAAGCAAAUGACACAGAGCUUCGAUGGAGCAUUAGCCAUCCCUAUUUAUGGACAUAUUCCCUUUGAAAUUUUAAGAUCAUGUCCUAAUAGAAUCAUAAGAGAGAAAGUCUGGAUUGCGUUGCAUAGUGUUCCUGAAGAACAGCUGACCUUGUUGACUAACCUCUUGAAAUGUCGUCAAUAUUUGGCUAAAUUAAUGGGUUGUGAAAAUUACGCCCAAUAUGCUUUGGCUGACAAGAUGGCCCACAAUCCAGAGAAUGUCAUGAGGUUUUUACAAGGACUUAUCAAAGAUUUACAACCGGAAGUGCUAAAAGAGUUAAAAUUGCUAAGUAAGUAUUUGCCAGAUAUCAAAGGAAACGUAAAGAAUGAAGAACUGGUUGAUAUGAUUAAGCCUUGGGAUAGGGAAUAUUUACUUACCAAGUAUAUCUUAUCAUUAAAAUCAUCACAGAAUGAAGAUAUUUCUCAGUACUUCUCACUAGGUACUGUUGUCUCUGGUUUAUCGAAGUUAUUCAACUCCAUAUAUGGUAUUAAACUUGUCCCACAAAAACUUCAAUAUGGCGAGGUAUGGUCAGAUGAUGUACGCCGACUUGAUGCAAUCAGUGAUAAAGAUGGAAAAGUUGGAAUUAUGUAUCUUGACCUGUUACAAAGAAAUGGUAAGACUCCCCAUCCGGCCCAUUUUACAGUGUGUUGUUCAAGAAAGAUAGACGAAAGGGAGCUAGAUACCAAUGACCCAUUUAACUUAACACUACCUACAACCGCAACUGUUGAAACUAUCAAGCAGAAUGGAGAUACUUAUCAAUUGCCAGUUAUUUCACUUGUUUGCAAUUAUACAAUGAACCCCCAUACCAAAAUGGUCUUUUUGACACUGGAUCAGGUUUCGACUUUAUUCCAUGAAAUGGGGCAUGCAAUGCACAGUAUGUUAGGGAGGACAGAAUUGCAUAAUGUUUCUGGAACCAGAUGUCAAACAGAUUUUGUUGAAUUGCCAUCAAUUUUGCACGAAACCUUUGCCAACGACGUGAGGGUCCUUUCAUCGUUCGGUAAGCACUAUCAAACAGGUGAAAAAGUGCCAGAAACAUUAAUCAAGAGACAUCUAGAAUCAGAAAAGGCUUUAAAACAUUGUGAAACUUUAGGGCAGGUAAAAAUGGCCUUGUUGGAUCAAUUAUACCAUGGAUCUACAGGGUUUAAUCUGGAUGAUGAAUCAUUCAAUAUCAUUGAUCUCUAUCAUCAAUUAGAGUCUAAUAUUCGUAUUUUCGCAGAUACGAAAUCUUCAUGGCCUGGCAAAUUUGGCCAUUUGUAUUCAUACGGUGCUGUGUAUUACUCAUACCUUCUAGACCGUGCAAUUGCUUCCAAAAUAUGGGAUGAAUUGUUUGAGGAUGAUCCUUUCUCAAGAGAGGCUGGAGAAAAAUUCAAGAAUGAAGUAUUGAAGUGGGGUGGUUCCCGUGACCCAUGGGUUUGCAUUUCCCACGUAUUAAAUGUCAAAGAAUUAGAGGAAGGUGAUGCUAAUGCUAUGCAAUUUAUAAGUAAAGCUCAAGGGAAAUUAUAG